GGCAGCUACCACCUGACUCUGACACAUACUCCCAUGGAUGGCCCUAUCUACUAUUCGAAAUCGGAAUUCAUUGAAACUGACACUGGAAACAAGGUAUCACGACGAGCGACAAUCGCUGGGCCGCAAAAUAUCAUUCUCGGAGGCAAGACGAUCAUCUCUAGCGGCGCUAUAAUACGUGGAGACCUGCGCAGGUCUGGUCCCGGUCAUGCUGUCGUUAUCUCGCUAGGUAGAUAUUGCUUGUACAAAACUUAUCGCGGCGCUUUCAACUAUUACCCUAUGAAAAUCGGAGACUAUGUUCACAUAGGCGCCAACACCGUUGUCGAAGCUGCAACCAUAGGGAAUCACGUUGAGAUUGGGAAGAAUUGCGUGAUUGGGAAAUUCACCAUUAUCAAAGACUGCGCAAAGGUCGCAGAUAAUACUAUCGUUCCGGCCAACACGGUGAUCCCAGCCAUGGCUCUGUUUUCUGGAUCCCCUGGUCGUUUUGUAGAAGACCUGCCCGAAUCUACCCAAGAAAUGAUGGAGAAUCAGACUAAGCAGUAUUACACGCGCUUUCAGCCAUCAGAGCAGAACCGAUGACUGUGUACUUUCUGGUUGUUCACUAAUUUACCCCUUUGUAUCAAGAUACCUUGGAUCACAUUUGUACUCUGUACUUAAUAUCACGUUUCUCGAGCCCUCUAAGAUGGCGAAGUUCCGACUUUAUUG